AUGCUGCGCCGUCUAGCCUCUCUUAGCCAUCCAAACCCCGAGGAGACUUCACAAGAGCACAUGUCACCACAGCCAGGAGAUGGUCCACCGUCACCAGAUACGUCCCGUCAGGGUGGCCUUGCCCACGUCCUGCGGGGCCUGACAAGCUCAAAGCUCUCCAAGUCGUCGCCAUCAAUAGCCUCGCCUUCAUCCUCUACUGCGUUGCCGACCGCCGAGUUCGUUCAUGCCCCUCUCGCGAACCUGCCUGUCCAACAACCUCGAGGCUUGUCUUCAAGUCACAUGGAGUCAUUCGAGCUUCUCAAGAACGGCUCUCCCAACGAGCGUAUCGCUGCUGCCAACUCUUUGAAAUAUGCCAUCGCCGAGUACCCUCUGAAUCCCGUUUUGGAUAUAUGGGAUGCCGCCAAGGAUCUUAUCGAUCCCGCAAAGCCCACCGCGGCUCGGGCAGCUGGCUGGGAGCUUCUGACGGAGUGUGUCAAGCAUGAUGCCUCUUCAGACCUUGAGCGGCAGGAGUACUUUGCAACCUUAACGGCUCCUGCAAACGCCGAGGAUUUCCACCUGCAGUUGGCAGCUCUUGUAGACCUGACCCGCCGAGGCCGCGUCUUGACCGGAUUUGAUUACCAGUUGGUCCCUUUGCUGACUACUUGGCUUUGGGAAUCCUACAAUGUGGUCCGCGCGGCUCGGAGAAGGGCGUCUCGGACUCCCAAGGGCUCUUCCAGGAGCCGUGCGGCGGUUUCGGGCGAAGAAAAGAACCUCGCUCAGUUAUUCAGCUUUCUUAUCGAUGUGAUCAAGUUCAGCUUCAACAAUGCCGAUGAACCUGCUGUGGCUGGUUUGGUCGAUCGCUUGAUGGCAAUCUGCAUGAGCACAAGCGUGGAAGACGACCUUAAGUCGAGUAUCGCCGUUGUCGAUGCUAUCGUGACUUUUGGAUCCAUUCCAGAUGAGAAGCUCAAAGGUUGUAUUCAUGUGUUGAGCUCCAUCUAUUGCAUCGUGGGAAGCCUGCAAAACCACUCGUGGCAUACAUUGUCCAAUCUGCUAAAAAGUCACAAUGGCCAGGCAACCGUCCGUAUCCUCCUCGACAUCUUGCGCAACAACCCUGGUGAUGCGAAACAGGAGAAGGAUAUCAACCGAGAGAUACGUGGCGCGUUGGCCGUGCUACAAAAGCUCAUGACCAAAACCCCCGAGCAAGGUUACCCGGCUGUUCCCUUUGCCUUGCUUGUUGACGGUCUGACAAACAUUGUGAGGUCUGCUACAUCCAUCAAGACCUUGACUGCAAUUCUACAACUCAUCAACGGUCUGUUCGACGAUGGAGAGGGCCAGAUGCAUCGCCUUAUCAUUGACGAGGAUUGGUCGGUGAUCCUUGAGGCCGCCGCGGAAUGUUCGAAACGAGUCACUCUCGAACCCCAUGAGAUAGACAGACUUCGCAACAACAGCAGAGACGAGAAGGCUGACGAGGGCCUAAUCCGGGAACUUAUAGUUCUCAUCAAGCGACUCGAUGUUCUCAUCAAUCAGAAAUCUGGUCACUUUGUUCCCAGACCAACGGUCGUCACAUUUCUCACUGAGGUUCAUCAGUAUCUCCCUGAUGCAACUGCUUCCUCAGUUCUCGACUACUUUCAGCAAUUCAGGUGCUGCUCUCCCUCGGAUCUGCAGUGGGAAGACAAUCUGGCUUUGGUCUUGAAGGGCUUCUUUGGAAACCGCGAACGAUCCUCUCAAAUCCGACUUCGGGCCCUCGAGACCAUCAUGGAUGCGUAUGAGGUUGUGGACUUGGUUGGCGACGACCCUGAACAGAGUUUUAUUCCUCACCUUGCCAAGAGUGUCCUGCAAGAUGUGGCCGAAGAGACGGACGUCCUGGUGCUCGAAGGUAUCGUGUCCCUAAUGGUUUCGGUCGCUGCAUCCUGUGACAUGGAGCUGUUCGAAUACAUCAUCGACGCAUUGCGGGGCAUCGUUAUUGGCGAUCGACUCAAGUCUCCGAUUUUGUCCACGGCUUCUCCCAACCCCCUCGCCCAGGCUCCCUUGGACGAUGCUGUGUCUCCAGAACAAUCUCCCUCGAACGUUGUGGCAAAAGGAUAUGCCAAAAUGUUUGUACAGACAAUGGACACUGACAGUGGGAAGAGCAUAAGACUAUAUCAUGCUCUAGUUAACAUCGCCAAGUCAAAUCACUGCGACGCAGAUGCGCGGCUGACAGCCAUGAAGCUACUGUUCCGUCUGCGUGCCGACUGGGCGAACCGCAUCUACAUUACGAAGGUCCUCGAGACUAACUUUCUCGCUGCCUCUAUAUGCCGAACACCAGAGACUCUUGCAAAGAAGCAAGCCGAGGAAGCGGCCCAAUCGGUGCGGUUGCUCAGCCGUGAUCACGGGGGAGGAUCACGAGCUUCUCGCGGUAUAUCUUUCAGCCAAGGGCAAUCCCAUGAAAGAGGCCUUCCCAUUCGUUCCGCGAGCGUCGCCACUGGAAGCGUCCCAAGGAGCAGCGCGGGUCGGUAUCAUCAAAUCUGGAGCCUCCCAGACCCCGAGGCUCUGCCUGAUGCUGUCACGGGCACCAUCAGCCCGGUCUUGGUUUCUCACGCACCAGAAUUGGAGGUGGACGAAUCAACAGAAAAGUCUGAGAAGGAGGAUGGCGAUACCGGGACUUCUGUCCUCAAUAUUGCGACCUGGCUCGAGGCCGUCCUUACUCUCCUACACGGGUGUGACUGGGAAGUCUACAGCUUCAUUCUUGUUCACCUGCCGUCUCAAUUGAGCAACCACGCCAUCUUCUGCGACACUAUCCCCCAAAUCCAGGAGCUUCGAAGGCUCAUUUGCGAGCAGAUUCGGACAAACUCCUUUCAAGAGCCACCAAAUGCGUCGGGCUUAAGACGUGCGGACGUGGCAAUCUGUCUCUUCCACAGUCUGACCAUGAUUCUCAGCUACCAUGAUCACUUCCAGAAGGGAGACGAGGAUGAAAUUGUCAAGACGUUUGUCCAUGGCAUUGCUACCUGGGAGCGAAGUGCCAAAUGCUGCAUCCACGCCCUGUCCAUAUGCUGUCACGAGUUGCCCCUUUCGACGAGCAAAUCACUUGUACAGCUCCUUGCUAAGAUGUCGACUAUUAUCACUCAACCGCACGUCUCGAUCCACAUUCUCGAGUUUCUGGCCUGUCUUAGCCGUCUACACAACGUGUAUGUCAACUUCAGGGAAGAGGAGUACAAGAUUGUGUUCGGCAUCUGUAUUCGAUACCUACAAUCGGUAAGAGACAAGAAGGAUUCCAACAGGAGCAGCCACACGAGCGAGCCAUCGACGCCACUGAGUUCGUCUGACUCGGUGCAUCCAAGUGCGACGGAUGACCUGCCACAAUAUGUGUAUGCACUGGCAUACCAUGUUAUCUUAUUCUGGUUCUUGGCCCUCAAGCUCCCUGAUCGAGCAAACAUGGUGGGAUGGUUGGUUCGGAACAUGUACAGCGACUCGGAAGAGGGACAUGCCGAUAAUGAACAGGCGCUCACCUCGAUCGACUUCAUGCAGAGGGUCACAUACGCCGACAUUGAAGAGUCUUCGCCGGACCCUCUUUUCACCGAGGCUCGGUUCGGCGAGAUUAUCAAAAAGAAUUGGCUGGUUGGGUAUAGUAUCGUCACGGUGAUGCAAGCUACGACCACGGGUUGGGCACAAAUCGUGAAGAGACAGCCAUCGGGCACUUCUGUCUUUACGGUUCGAGAAGCUUUUGAUCCACCACCUCCCCAUCAGACGGAAAGUUAUGUCGACGUUAGCAGAGAGGGCCAGCCAUCAACCAACACGAUCUUGCCCAGUCACCUGCUCGUUCAGCUCAUGUCAUCGGUCCCUCAAGGUCACGAUCUGGCGCGGCCCAUCCCGCUACCCGAUGAUGAGGUUGUUGAUAGAGCUAUUCGAGUCUUUGAUCGAAGCUCUACUGUUGAUGGUCACAAAGUCGGAGUCAUUUAUAUCGGAGAAGGCCAGACGGACGAAGCCGAGAUCCUUGCCAACGUGUCCGGAAGCAGCGACUACGUCGAGUUUCUGAACAACCUGGGAACGCUGACCAAGCUCAAGGGGGCUACGUUCAAUACCCAUGGUCUUGACCGUGAAUUCGACUCCGAUGGCCAGUACACGUUCUGCUGGCGUGAUCGCGUCACCGAGAUUGUAUUCCAUGUUACAACGCAGAUGCCUACCAACCUGGAACAUGACCCCCGAUGCACUCUCAAGAAGCGUCAUAUCGGCAACGACUUUGUCAACAUCGUUUUCAACGAUUCCGGAGCGCCCUUCAAGUUCGACACGUUCCCCGGCGACUUCAACUUUGUACACAUUGUUAUCACACCCGCGUCGCGAGCAUCGUUUAUUGCUGCCAGGGACACGUCCAAGCACAGUCAACCUUUCUAUCGUGUGCAAGUCAUGAGCAAGCCGGGCUUCCCCGAAAUCUCGCCCGCUUCCGAGACAAAGAUGGUCUCUCUCAAGGCGCUGCCAGGGUUGAUCCGUCUGCUUGCGCUAAACGCCUCCGUCUUCUCGCAUGUCUGGGCAAACCGCGAGGGUGGAGAACAUGUUAGCUCAUGGCGGAGCCGUCUUCGUGCCAUCAAGCGACUUCGCGAGAAGCAUGCCCCGUCAAAGUCGGGGCAGCUGACACCCUCAGCAUCGCAAAACUCAUCGCUAGGAGGUCCAACACCGCUGCACCAACAACAGCUGCUGCAACAACAGGCCGAGGCCUCUUCACGGCCGGCUAGCACUGUUCGGGAUAGCUUCACCAGUCUACGCCGUACCAGUGUUGCGACCUUCUUCACGAGCACAAGCGAACAGACCUCUCACCGGUCAUCAAUGCUGUCGUCGUCCACUACGACCAACGAUACAGAGAUUGGCACAGUCCAUGGGCAGGACUCUAUUGUUGACACGGUCGACUUCUCAAAAUGGGCUUAA